CGAAAGUAACAAAUCCGAGCUAGAUCCGAUCUGCUCACUGACAGCUCUGAAGUUGUGAUUUCAUUUGAAGAACUCUCCAGAAUCUGAUCUCCCGCGGAUACCCAGAGACAACAUGGCGACCACCAUCAGCACCCAGCGGGGACAGGUGUACAUUGGGGAGCUUCCCCAGGACUUCCUGCGGAUCACCCCCACCCAGCAGCAGCAGCAGGUGCACCUGGACGCACAGGCGGCCCACCAGCUGCAGUACGGGGGCUCCAUGGCAACUGUGGGGCGACUCAGCAUCACAGUGGUGCAGGGGAAGCUGGCUAAGAACUACGGGAUGACCCGGAUGGAUCCGUACUGCCGGGUCCGGCUGGGCUACGCAGUGUACGAGACCCCCACUGCUCACAACGGAGCCAAGAACCCGCGCUGGAACAAGGUGAUCCAGUGCACCGUGCCCCCGGGGGUGGACUCCUUCUACCUGGAGAUCUUUGAUGAGAGAGCGUUCUCCAUGGACGACAGGAUAGCAUGGACUCACGUCACCAUCCCUGAAAGCCUGCGGGGGGGCAGCGUGGUGGACGAGUGGUUCACCCUCAGCGGUCGGCAGGGCGACGACAAGGAGGGCAUGAUCAACCUGGUGAUGUCUUUCGCUUCCUUACCUGCAGGCAUGGUGACCCAGCCCGUCGUCCUGAUGCCCUCUGUGUACCAGCAGGGGGUGGGAUAUGUGCCCAUUGCAGGAGUGCCUGCAGUCUACAACCAGGGCAUGGUGCCGAUGGGGUUACCCGCAGCCGUGCCCGCAGUGGGGGGCCCGGGGCCGGUGUGCAGCGAGGAGGACCUGAAGGCUCUGCAGGACAUGUUCCCCAACCUGGACCCCGAGGUGGUCCGCACCGUGCUGGACGCCCAGCAGGGCAACAAGGACGCUGCCAUCAACUCUCUGCUGCAGAUGGCCGAGGAGCUCUAACUGCAGAACGCGGCUCACAGCGGACAUACACACGCACGCACACACGCACGUGCACACACACACACACACACACACACACUCUGCAGCCACAGAGAUGUUUCCUGUCCCUCUAUUGAUCCUGCGUUAGGAUGUGAGGGUGCUUAAGGUUUGUAUCAGUGUGUUCAUCUGCUCUCUCAGCGUUUGAUUUGCACUGUCUGAGCUGUAGUGAGUCCUGUUGUUAUUAUGAUGUUUACACCAUGUCUGUAGUAACCUGCAGAAUUCUGUUGUUUUAUAUGUCGCUGUAAAGUGUUUAAUGCAGAGCUCAAAAUCUGGUAAAUUAUUAUGGAUGUAUAAAUUAUUUAGAAUAUAUGGUGAUGAGUCAAUGAACAAACGCCCUGAGGCAACGCCAUGUCCCUCUGAGUCAUCUUUCAUAGUGAGCAAAUCAUUUCUCUGCAAAGUUUUGAUGACACCAAUUAUCAAUCAGUGCAGUAAGGAUGUGGGAACUGUUGUAAAGUAAUAUCCGGUGUAUAUAUGAGAGUUUUGAUAAAAACACAGUUAGCUGUGAUGAACAUUGUCUGGAGAGAUUUACUCUAACUUUUAUUGAGAUAAGUAUUCACCGCUGUAUUAAGAAAUACUUAGUGCCCCCUGAGUAGUGAGGGUGAGAACCCCACUGGAUGUUCAUCCCCAUAGGACCAAACUAUUUAGUGUGCCAGAAAAACAUUUAAUAUGUUCCAAUUCAUAGUAUGUCAAACCCAGAAUGCCAAAAACACCACAUUUGUCUGACUGGAUAGCAGAUAUAAGAGCAAGAGGGUCAAAGUUCAAGAUGGUCCUGCAGUAUGAAGUAAAAGAACAAUGAAUUGUAUCUAUUGUUUAUGGUGACCCCCCCCACCAUCCUAGCAUGUACAUGAGGACCAACAGAUUCAUAUUCACUGUGUGAUGUGAGCGCAGCGCUUCCUGAUUCCCGGCCACAGCUCUGUCCUCUAGCUCCUCGAGCUUUCCUCCACUCGGUGGAUUCUGCCUGCCAAAGGUUCACGUGACAGAUGUCGUCUGAUGGACUUAUCACUUGUGAUUCAUUUACUAUCGCUCAUUAUUACUUCACAAUUGCAGUCAUUUUGUUCUGUGUCAUGUGAUUCUGUUCUUUCAGCAUCUGGACAUCCUUGCACUUGCAGUUUAAUUUAUUAAAUUGAUUAUUAGAAUCUUUUGUCAUUUAUCGUCAUGCUUGGCAUAAACUGCAGUUGUUUAAAUCUUCAUGUUACUGAAAUAGCUUGAGGAAGAGUGGUUUUAGUGUUCAGAAGACAACGUGUGCCCUCGUCACAACCACAGCUACAUUCAGCUCCACACAACAAGCACAAUGAAUAUCUUUGUUAAAGGAAGAUGUUACAAGAAAAAGAUGCUCGUAAAAACAACUCAUUGUCAUCUCCCUUUAUCCAGCCUGGUGUCAUGUAUAUACUCAUCAUACCUGCAGGUGUAAUAGUCAUGUGUUGAGUGUGACCCAUCUAAAGCAACACGUCCCUGUGAGACAUCAUUCAGACCCCGCUGACAUAUUGAUGAAUAUGGCUUGAACAAAGAUCUUAGAGGCAUUUUACAUCGGAUCAAAUCCUAAUCCUAAAGAAUCCAGUGGAAGCAGGACUUUCAGUGUGAGCUUCUCACAAUCAUGUUUCAGACAACAAGAGUUACACAUAGUGUAUUUGAAGGAAUAUGGCUUUGUAUACUAAAGCAUAACACUAAAGGUCAAGACACAGAUAAUACAAAGUCUAGAUGUUUUGAUAAUGAAAAGGGCUGUGUAGUUUUUGAAACAAAUAGGACAGAUUUGCAAAGUUUACAUUAGAGUUUAAAGAAUAUGCAAGUUGACUUUUGUUCUAAUUUAUGUACACACACUUCUGAUUUUAUAUAAAAGUACCAGAUAUUUGUUUGUUUUUUCUCCAGUAGUUGCUAAUUUUUGUACUAAUAAUUUAACCAAGAUACACUUCAAGGUUCACUUCAAUCCGUCUCUAACGGUCUGGGACAUUAACUCUUAAGUCAGUGGGCAUCGGUAAAGAGUGAAAUGAGAGUUGCAGAGUUAUGGGGUGUUCAGUUUAACCUGGGCCGGGGCUUGCAAAUAGUGAGCUGUACAAAAAUACACAGAGCUACAAUAAAAUGAAGGAUGACAUCA